UGACUGCUAUUUCCUGAAAGUCCCGAAAUUUAACAUUAAUCUGGCAUGGCUCAGGGAAGCCAGCAGUUAGAUAUGCAGGUACUCCAUGACCUCCGGCAACGUUUUCCUGAGAUUCCUGAAAGUGUGGUGUCUCAGUGCAUGCUCCAGAACAACAACAAUCUUGAUGCUUGUUGUCGAAUUCUUGCACAAGAGAGCAACAAAUACCUAUAUAUGGAAUAUCACAGCCCAGAUGACACCCGAGUGAACAGGAAUCGUCUUUUGCAUAUUAACCUUGGCAUCCAUCCUCAUACUAACUAUGGAGGAGAUGGAUCUCAACUUAAUGGUGGUCGUACACUGGUACAUAGUUCAAGUGAUGGACAUAUUGAUCCACAGUGCACUCCAGGCAAACAGCUGAUCUGUUUAGUCCAAGAACCACAUUCUGCUCCUGCUGUUGUUGCAGCUUCUCCAAACUAUAAUCCUUUUUUUAUGAAUGAUCAGAAUAGAAAUGCAGCUACUCCUCCUCCACAGACACCUCAGCAGUCUUCUCCCAUACAGCCUGGAAUGAAUACAUCUGCUAUGCAAGGUCCUCCUCCUCCUCCAUAUAUGCAUAUACCUCGGUACAGCACAAAUCCUAUAACUGUUACAGUUUCACAAAACCUCCCUUCUGGGCAGCCUUUACCGAGAGCUUUACAAAUUCUUCCUCAAAUUCAAAGUACUCCUUAUGGAAGUCCUGGAUCACUGUAUAUUAGGCAGACAACUCAAGGUUCUUCAGGACGACAGACUCCUACUCAAAGUACACAGUGGCAUUCACCACCACCAGGUCCAGUUCCACAUUAUAGUCCACAUCCAUUACCUGUCUAUCCACACCAACAGAGCUAUCAGCCUUCUCAGUAUUCUCCCAAGCAGCCCCAGAUUCCUCAGUCUCCUUUUCGAUCACCACCUGCUUCUCAGUGCCCUUCUCCUUUUGGAUCGCCUCAACAUCAAGUUCAACCCAGCCAAUUAGGACAUCAAAGUUCCCAUGUAUUUAUGCCUCCUAGUCCUUCAACUGUGCUACCCCAUCCAUAUCAACAAACACCACAGUCAUAUCAAAAAUCAAGUGGACACUCAGUAUCUUAUCUCCCAUAUGGUGGACCUACUUUAUCUAAAGGCUCCAUGAACAAGAUAGAAAUUACGGUUGAACCACCACAAAGACCUGGGACUACACUUAAUAGGAGCCCUUCACCUAUAAGUAAUCAGCCAUCCCAACGGAAUCAGCACCCACUAUAUACACCUGCAACUCCUUCAGGUUCUCCUUCCAGAAGUAUAGCAGGUCAGCCUAAACUUCCUUAUAGUGUUAAUCCUGUAUAUAUAACAUAUACACAACCAGUUGGACCUUCAGGUAUUCUUACACAAUCCCCCCGUGUAAUGGUAUCUCAGCCAAAUCCAGCAGUUUUUAAAAUCACAGUAGGUCGAGCUCCUGCUGAGAAUCUUCUAAAUUUAGUGGACCAAGAAGAACAUUCUGCAGCACCAGAACCUAUCCAGCCCAUUUCAGUUGUACCAGGAUCUAGAGGCGAAAGAGGAAGGCAUAAAUACCAGAGAAGUUCCAGCUCUGGAUCAGAUGACUAUGCUUAUACUCAAGCUUUGCUAUUACAUCAACGUGCAAGGAUGGAGAGGUUAGCAAAGGAGCUGAACUUUGAGAAUGAAGAACUUGAGAAACUUAAAGGUGAAGUAAAUAAUAUGGAACAUGAUCUUAUGCAAAGGCGUCUGAGAAGAGUCAGCUGUACAACCUCAAUCCCAACACCCGAGGAGAUGACAAGAUUGAGAAGCAUGAAUAGGCAGCUCCAGAUAAAUGUAGACUGUACUCAGAAAGAAAUUGACCUCCUUCAGUCUAGAGGCAACUUUGACCUGAAAGCCAUGAAUAAUUUUUAUGAUAACAUAGAGCCUGGUCCUGUUGUACCACCAAAGCCAUGUAAAAAAGACCAUCAAAAUAGUUCCAAGCAAGUUCUGCGAUCACAGCCAAGAGAUGAGGACUUUGAAGGAGCUCCAUGGAAUUGUGACAGCUGUACUUUCUUGAAUCACCCAGCACUGAAUCGUUGUGAGCAAUGUGAAAUGCCGCGGUAUGCCUGAAUUUAUAAAGGUCUACUUUGUAUUAAAACAGGCUUUGAGAUCUCAGCCAUAGAUGAAAAUGUGGGGGAAUCUUUCAGUUCUCUACCAGGUAUUUGCCAGCCGGUCAUUUUCAAUUUUUGAGAGAAAAAUCUCCUUUUCAUUCAUGCUGCACUAAAGAUUAGCUUGUGGAGAUAUUCUCUUAUCCCAUGGUGGUAAGAAAGUGUGAAAGGAUAUUCUGAAUCCAAAAUGGAUUUUCUUUGA